AUUGAUUUGAGCAACUGGUCAGCAUCACGAACGGAGAUUGAAAAGCACUUUAAAAAUGUUAAAAUAGACGGACUGGUAAAUAAUGCCGGUGUUGGAAUAAGUAGACCAAUCGCUGAACUCACCGAAAAAGAUUUCGAUGACACUAUGAAUAUCAAUGUUAAGGCCAUUUUUAACGUAAUCCAGGCCCUGCUGCCGAAUAUCAACGAUGGAGGUAGUAUCGUAAACUUAUCUUCAUUGGCUGGCUUACGCGCACUCCCAAAUCACACAAUCUACUCAGCGUCAAAAGCAGCUGUAGAUGCAUUUACACGCGGCUUCGCUCUUGAAUUGGCACCUCGAAAUAUCCGAGUUAAUAGCGUAAAUCCAACGGUGGUGAUGACGGAUAUGAGUAGAACAUAUUGGAGUGAGCCAUCCAGAUCGGAAAUGAUGAAGAGUAAAAUUCCAUUGCAUCGUUUUGCUGAAUUAAAUGAGGUCACCGAUCCAAUUCUGUUCUUGCUUAGCGACAAAUCGUCUUUCAUAAAUGGACACCUCUUGCCGAUCGAAGGGGGAGCCUGCGCUGUCUAAUCUCAACUGAUAAUGAUAUGCGUCACAAAUGCAUUUCAAAAAAAAGAAAAAUCAAAAUAGACAAUUGCGUAUAUACAGCAAAAAAUCUUUAAAGCUGAUAUGUUACUGCUGUGAUGAUAACGAGACAACGGAAUAUUUUACGUCUUAAGUCACAGAUAAUCCCGCAUAUAAAAACAAAGCAAACAAAUUAGAAGGAGAAAAUAUUUGUAAAUAAAUACAAAUUAACACGAGAUGUAUGAACAACGGUCACCUGCAACAAGUUUAAAACGCUACUGCAGUAAGGUUUUGUAUCCAACUCGAAAUCGUUAUAUCAUUUGUAAAUAAAUAAAAGGAAUAUUUCGAAUCAA